CCGCAGCAGACAUCCAUGCCCGUGCCUCGCAUGGGUUGUCUUUGUUGUGCCUGCGAGAUUGGGAGUACUGGAUGAUGAAGAAGCCACUGGUGUACAACAUCCACAUCGAAGAGUACGCGGUACACCGUGUGAUGAGGCAGUUUCACCGGUAUCAGGACUCCCCACUUCCUGUUACUUACAUCAUCCCGAUCGACAUUCACGGGUGGACACGUCAAGGUGGUGUUGGGCUAGUGACGCAGUGGGGUCCGAGGAUGGUUUCGCACGUGGAGAUGUGGGCGGACGCUUUGGAGGACUUGGUGCAGGAGGAUCGUCUACACUCAAACGACGCUUUCGCAGCGUACCUGCAAUGGUACUUCCCGAGGACAUGGACACGCCUCAUGCAUGUUCCUAGACAGACACCGACAGAGACCGCAUCACUAACACAGACGUACCCGCGUUCCAGGGAUGUGAGCUUCGACAUCGCGUACGAUGUUAUUGCAGCGGUUCAGGCGACGAUGAGGACUGGUGUGUAGCAAUGCUGUCACAUGUCUCCGCAGGAGCACGAGUCGACAUACAAGAGGAUAGAACGCCUUUGUACUAGGUUCCUGCGGGCCGUCAACUGCCGUGAUGGUGACGCCGACGUUCUACUUCCACCACAGGGUGCUUACCCCGGGUCGUCUUCAGCACCACCUAUGCAGCACCGCGGUUCAUCUUCAGCACCACCUAUGCACCACCCCGGUUCGUCUUUUGCUGCACCCACACGUCCGGCGUACCCCGUGGCAUCUUGUGCACCACAGGCACAUGCAGCCUGUCGGUGUUUAAGACCGGCAACCCGCCUAGGGGGUACCCUAGGUGGUCUUUUAUACGGUAAGGGUCAUCGAGAAUC